CGGCUGUCCUUCCUUGCGGAGGUGCUGGAGGUGCGUCGUAUUAUUAUGUAUUAUAACGCGAGUGCAGCUGGGGGGAGUGUGGAGAGGGAGUUUAGAAAGACCCUAUUAGGUAAACCGUUUCAAUGAGAUGUUGAAGGGAUGCUGGCAGAAGGGGAACAAUCAGAAGUGUCACCGAAAGGAUCCAAAGAGAAGGGGGAGCAAAGGAAGCUGAGGGUUCAAGAUGGAGGCAGAAGGCGAGAGGGAAGACGAAAGCAGAAGCCAGAGGGUGACUCUUGUAUGUCUCAGGGUGGUGAAAAUCAAAUUGACAAAAAGGAGAAAAAGCAUGAAUGUACAUUGUGCGGACAGAGAUUUUGUAAUCGCUCAGCUCUUACUUCACAUCAACGAACUCAUACAGGGGAGAAACCGUAUACAUGUUCAGAGUGUGGAAAGAGAUUCAGUAGGAGUGGGACCCUUAUAUUGCACCAACGAACUCAUACGGGAGACAAACCUUAUACAUGUUCAGUGUGUGAAAAGAGCUUCACUCAAAGUAGUGGCCUUACUUUGCAUCAAAGAUCUCAUACAGGAGAGAAACCGUAUACAUGCUCAGAGUGUGGAAAGAGCUUCACUCAAAGUAGUGACCUUACCUUGCAUCAAAUAUCUCAUACAGGGGAGAAACCGUAUACGUGUUCUGAGUGUGGAAAGAGCUUCAGUCACAGCACUGCACUUACUAGACAUCAACAAACUCAUCGAGGCAGCAAACCUUAUAAAUGUUGGGAAUGUGGCAACAGCUUCAGUCGCAUCGACUCCCUUUCCUUGCAUCAAAAAAUUCAUAUAGGGGAGAAACGAUAUACAUGUUUGGAGUGUGGAAAGAGCUUCAUUCAGAAUGGCACCCUUACCUUGCAUCAAAGAGUGCACACAGGAGAGAAACCGUAUAAAUGUUUGGAGUGUGGGAAGAGCUUCAGUCGUGGUAGCUCCCUUACGUUGCAUCAACGAACUCAUACGGGAGAGAAACCGUAUACAUGUUCGGAGUGUGGAAAAAGCUUCAUUUGCAGUAGCUCCCUUAUGUUGCAUCAAAGAACUCAUACAGGGGACAAACCAUAUAAAUGCUCCGAGUGUGGAAAUAGCUUCAGGCGCCGGAGUCACCUAACUAGACACCAAAGAAGUCAUACAGGAAGGAAAUCUUAGAAAUGUUUGGCGUAUGGAAAGAACUUCAGUGACAGGGGCUCCCUUCCUAAACAGUAAAAACUCAUACAAGGGAAAUAUCUUAGAAAGGGCUGGAGUGUGGGAAGAUCUUUAUUCAUAUCAAAUAACUCCUGCAGAAAGUAAAACAAUGAUUGUGUUCUGG